UUGGUGGUGCCAUACCGUUGCUUUCUAAGGAACCUGCGACAGCCACAAAAGGUCACCGGUUAAACCAAGGGAAGAUGCCACAUAACCCUUUGGAUUCCAGCGCUCCCUUGGUAAAGAAAGGGAAACAGAGAGAAGUGCCUAAAGCAAAGAGACCGACACCUCUUAAAAAGAUUAUUCUGAAAGAAAGAGAACAACGAAAACAGCAACGCCUGUUAGAACAGAGAGCAGUACCAGAAAAUGAAGAUAAUAUUUGUCAGUCUGCAGAAAAUAUUACUGAAGAUGAAACACUUCUACAGGAUAGUCAAGCAGCUGUUCCCGUAACACAAGUUGCUGAAGGGUUUCUGGAGAACAUGGGGAUCAAGGAAUCUACAGAAAGUUCUAUAACUUCAAAGCAGCUAACCUCCAGUCUUCCAAAAAUCCAUAGUAGGAAUUUUAGAGAUUAUUGCAGUCAGGUACUUAGUAAAGAAGUUGACAGUUGUGUGACGGAUCUCUUAAAAGAACUGGUUCGUUUCCAAGAUCGCUUGUAUCAGAAAGACCCAGUAAAGGCCAAGAUAAAACGCAGGCUUGUUAUGGGUCUUAGAGAAGUUUUGAAACAUCUGAAGCUGAAAAAACUGAAGUGUGUAAUCAUCUCUCCUGACUGCGAAAAGAUUCAAUCAAAGGGUGGGUUGGACGAGACUCUACACAACAUCAUCGACUGUGCCUGUGAACAGAAUAUUCCAUUUGUUUUUGCUCUUAAUCGGAAGGCCUUAGGCCGCUGUGUGAACAAAGCAGUGCCUGUCAGUGUAGUGGGAAUUUUUAGCUAUGAUGGGGCUCAGGACCAUUUUCAUAGGAUGGUACAACUGACAGCAGAGGCCAGGAAGGCCUACAAAGAUAUGAUAGCAGCUUUAGAGGAAGCAGCUGAAGUUGGACUAAGAGAAACCCAACCCAGCAUCCUAACCACUGAAUGUGAAAAAAAUGGCUUAUCAGAAACUGGUAAAACAUCUUCCAAGGACUGUGAUGAAGAUGUACCAAAUUACAUUAAAAUUUGGAAGAGAAAACUUGAAGAAGAGUAUAACCCAUAUGCUCUGGAACUGGAAAAGAGUGCAGCUGCUGACAUGGUGAUAGUGAAUUUGGAAGAGGAUCAGUAA